AACGAAAUGAAGCUCGCAACGCUUCUCCUCUUCUCUGCGACCGCUCUCGCAGCCGACCUCCGCGGCCGGCUGGUCGGCAAUGUCGUCCUGAACGCGACCGACAUCCCGCUCGAGGCGCGCGUUGUGCUCGACUAUGGUGCCAAGAGCGCCCGUUUCCUCGCCGAUGGAUCCUUUGAGAUCACCGGCGUCCCAUCAGGCCAGCACGUUCUCGAGCCUCUUGUCCCAGGAUAUCGCGUCCAGCCUGUCAUCGUCACCGUCCCAGAAGAGGGCGACGUCCACGUCCAGAAGUUCGACGCGGCCGCGCUGCCUCUCGCCGUGUCGGCCAUCCCUAGCCUCCCCUACCCCCUCCAGCUGGCCGCGGUCGGCAAGGACGAGUACUACACCGCGCCGCCGGGCAUGAACAUCAUGGGCAUGCUCAAGUCGCCCAUGAUCCUGCUCAUGCUCGCGAGUCUGGGCAUGGCGUUUGCGCUGCCCAAGAUCACUGAAAUGCUCGAUGCCGACCCGGAAAUGGCCAAGCAGAUGCUCGAGCAGCGCCAGGGAUGGCAGCGCAACCUCGACUUUAGCGACGCCCUGUCCUCCAAGCUCGCCGGCGGAGGUGGCGCCGACGCGCAAGCGGGAUCCGCAGCACCGGCGGCGGCCGCCGGCCCACCCGUGGGCAAGGCUCCUGCGCGUACGCCCCAGGGCAGUGGGAAGCGCGGCGGUAAGCGAAAGUAAGCGGCCGCGGCGGUGGUGGG